GAACUGGAUUCCGACCAAUCACAAUCGAGCACAGAAAACCCGGGUGGAAGAUGGGCUACACUUCAUGCUGAACGAAAAUACCUUCUAACUUUAAGGAUAUCCAGUAGCCUGUGGAGUACACAGAAGGCUGCACUGUCACUGGCUUCCUACUACAGCUAUGGAUGCAGAAGGUUUUGGGGAACUUCUGCAGCAGGCAGAGCAGCUGGCUGCAGAAACUGAAGCUGUGUCUGAACUGCCACAUGUUGAAAGGAACCUUCAGGAGAUCCAGCAGGCUGGUGAGAGGCUUCGAUCCCGCACCCUGACCCGUACCUCCCAAGAUUCAGCAGAUGUAAAAGCGUCCAUCCUCCUUGGUUCCAGAGGUUUGGACAUCUUUCACAUUUCUCAGAGGUUGGAAAGUCUCAGUGCUGCCACCACCUUUGAGCCCCUGGAACCAGUCAAAGACACCGAUAUACAGGGGUUCUUGAAGAACGAGAGGGACAAUGCUCUCCUGUCAGCCAUUGAAGAGUCUCGUCGCAGGACGUUCCUGCUGGCUGAAGAGUAUCAUCGUGAGUCCAUGCUGGUGCAGUGGGAGCAAGUGAAGCAGAGAGUUCUGCAUACACUGCUUGGAGCUGGAGAGGAUGCUCUGGACUUCAGCCAGGAUGUGGAGCCCAGUUUUGUGAGUGACGUGGCGGCUCCAGGCAGGAGCGCGUUGAACAGUGUGGAGGUGGCCUACGGACGACAGAUCUACGUCUUUAAUGAGAAGAUAGUGAACGGACACAUCCAGCCUAAUCUGGGAGAUUUGUGUGCUUCAGUAGCAGACGGCUUGGAUGAUAAGAAUGUAUCGGACCUGUGGCUCAUGGUGAAGCAGAUGACCGAUGUGUUGCUGGUUCCGGCUAAGGAUACUCUCAAGAGUCGCACUUCGGUUGAGAUUCAGAUGGCCUUCGUCCGGCAGGCGCUCAGCUUCCUUGAGAACAGGUAUAGAAACUUCACAAUGGGGACUGUGUUUGGGAACCUCCAUCAGGCCCAGCUCGGCGGUGUCCCUGGGACAUACCAGCUGGUCCGCAGUUUCCUCAACAUCAAGUUACCAGGGCCUCUACCUGGCAUGCAGGAUGGUGAGAUUGAGGGCCAGCCAGUGUGGGCAGUGAUCUACUACUGCCUGCGAUGUGGCGAUCUGAAUGCUGCCAUGCAGGUGGUCAACAGAGCGCAGCACCAACUGGGGGACUUCAAGUCCUGGUUCCAGGAGUACAUGAACAGCCCGGACAAACGCCUAUCUCCAACUUCUGAGAACAAGCUUCGCCUUCACUACCGCAGAGCUCUGAGGAACAGCGCUGAUCCCUACAAGAGGGCCGUCUACUGCCUGAUUGGGAAAUGUGACGUGAAUGAUAACCAUGGGGAGGUGGCAGAUAAAACCGACGAUUAUCUUUGGCUCAAGUUGAACCAGGUGUGUUUUGACGAUGAUGGCAGCAGCUCUCCUCAGGACAGACUCACUCUGCCGCAGUUACAGAAACAGCUGCUAGAAGACUAUGGAGAGUCCCAUUUCUCUGCAAGCCAGCAUCCAUUCCUGUACUUCCAGGUGUUGUUCCUAACGGCUCAGUUCGAGGCUGCAGUGGCGUUUUUGUUUCGUGUAGAGAGGCUUCGCAGUCACGCUGUACAUGUGGCCUUGGUGCUGUACGAGCUGCGGCUGCUGCUGAAGUCGUCGGGUCAAAGCGCUCAGCUGUUGAGUCAGGAGCCAGGUGACCCUCCAAUGAUACGACGCCUCAACUUUAUCCGCCUGCUUAUGCUCUACACACGAAAGUUUGAGUCCACCGAUCCCAGGGAAGCUCUGCAGUAUUUCUACUUCCUACGCAAUGAAAGAGACAGCCAAGGUGAAAACAUGUUCAUGCGCUGCGUCAGUGAGCUGGUCAUUGAGAGUCGAGAGUUUGACAUGCUGUUGGGAAAGUUGGAGAAAGACGGCAGUAGGAAGCCUGGCAUCAUCGAUAAGUUUGCAGGCGACACCAGAUCGAUCAUCAGUAAAGUCGCUCUAGAAGCAGAGAACAAAGGCUUGUUUGAGGAGGCGGUGAGACUCUACGAGCUGGCCAAGAACCCAGAUAAGGUUCUGGAGCUGAUGAACAAGCUCCUGAGUCCCGUCAUAGCUCAGGUCAGUGUGCCUCAGUCCAACAAAGAGAGGCUGAAGAACACAGCGGUGGCGAUCGCUGAGAGGUAUCGCUCUCAGGGGACAGCAGCAGAGAAGUCCAUCAACAGUACCUUCUACCUACUUUUAGACUUGAUGACCUUCUUCGAUGAGUACCAUGCAGGUCAUGUUGACAGAGCCUAUGAUGUGAUGGAGCGUCUAAAACUGCUGCCUCUCAGCCAGGAGAGCGUGGAGGAACGAGUGGCAGCUUUCAGGAGCUUCAGCGAUGAGGUGCGUCACAACCUGUCUGAAGUUCUGUUGGCCGCCAUGAACAUCCUGUUCACCCAGUAUAAACGGCUGAGGGGGGCGCCAGCAGGCACACCAGGGCGAUCACAGAUAACCAUAGAGGACAGAGGCAUGCAGCUGCGGAGUCAGGCCCGAGCGCUGAUCACCUUCGCGGGAACGAUCCCCUACAAUAUGGCCGGGGACACGAACGCAAGGCUGGUGCAGAUGGAGUUACUGAUGAACUGACCCAUCACCUCCACUCACAAACACACCCACCCUGUUGCUUUGUGUACAUUUCUGGACACACGUUGCUGAUUCAUCUGUUUGAGUUCCUGUCAUUUGUCUUUUUCUUUCUUUUCAUAUUUGUUGUCAAAAUAAAAACUUUUCAGUUGUCUUUUUA